AUGCCAUCUUCUACCGGAUCAACCACAGAGACACUUGUCAGUCCUAGGUCACCAGCUUUUAUACCACGCCACCCACAAUCUGAAUAUGACCCAUCUCUCUGUGGAAACGAUAGACCAAGAACUUCCAUGUCAUCAACAGACACGAGAAAGUCUAAAAAGGAAAAAUCACGAUGGCUCACUCAAGUCAAGGAUUGGUUGUCAGUGGCCGAGCCAUCCGCGCAAGCCAUGAGGGAACAAAAGAAGAACACAUACAGACGGCACAAUAUCGACAUGAAGGAUCCUCAAGCGGCAAUCAAGCUGCAUUUGCCCAUUGGGAAAAUACCCGACAACGCCAUCACUUCGACGCGAGGGCCCAGCCCCGAGAAGGCACUCGAGCGUACACGACAGCAACGAGAAGAGACCCAGUCAUACUCAGGUCUCAGCCAGGCGUCCCACUCGGUGUCUAGUAGUAUCAGUACAGUCCCCAGUGCCAAGGAAUACAAUCCUGUUGCUCCUUGGAACACUUGA